UAAACGAGCAUCAGCUGUGUUGAGUUUCUUGUCUGUAUGGUUAUGCUCAUUCUUGGAUGCAAGUUUGUGUUGCAUGAGUUGGGGAAAUAUAUACUGCAUUGAUUCCUCGGACAGUAAGAUUACUGUUCAGCACAUGUAACUCUGAAAGGGGAGGGAAGAAUAGAGAGAGAGAGAGACAGAAAAAGACUAAGGGGAUUAGACGACUUCUUUCAAAACCGUGCCCAUGCCAGUCAGAGCAUUUUCCGAUGGAAGACUUUCAUCCUCACUUUUAACUAUUGGAGAAUUCUCCAACAAGAGACAGAUUUGAUCAAAGAGCAAGUGAAGAAAAAUAGUUGGGAUAGUUUAGGUUUAAAAAAAACAAAAAAAAUUUGAGGCUUGGGUAUGUAUGUUAUAAUCCGAAAUCAAGGCUGGACUUGACUACAACUGGUUCUUGAAGAGCAGAGGAUAUGAUAUGGAAAAGGUGCAUCUAAAAGAUCUUUGAUUUCUGGUUCCAGUGGUUUUCUUCUCUUCAUACCAUCAAGAACUGGUGUUUAGGAUUACCGUUCAUUAUGUGACAGUCUCAUUCUGGAUCCGACGUGGUUUUUGGUUUUGUGUUCCACCUGUUGGAUAGUUAAAUGGUGCUAAUAACUGAGAAUGGUGUUGCAGGAGGUAUACUUCUGGUCAAAGAUCACCAACAUGGCACCGGCCAAAACCGAGCGGGAGGCAGGAACAAUGAAGAGUCCUCGAUACAGAGCUCCACUUUUGUGGAGCCAACAGAGGACUCUUAUUAUGCAGAUGAUGAAGACCACCAUCUUUAUGAUGAUGAUGAUGAUGAUGAUGACGUCUACCAAGAAUUCGAGGAGUUGGACUUUUCAGAACUAGCAGAUACCAAGAGCAUUGUGUCAGACGAUUCCUUCUACCCACCUGAUGAUUCGCUCAACUUUGAAAAAUGUCAGAUUCCUGAGAGCCCCGAGCCAGUCAGCUUCUUCAAAGCAUGCUGCACUAACAACGCCAUCAUUGUCAAAAUCAUGAUAAGACAAGGUGUGACAGAGGAGGAGGUACGAGAGGUGGACAAAAAUAACAGAACGGGUCUGAUAGUGGCAUGUUACCAGGGCUACGUGGAUGUGGUCAUUGCACUUUCUCAGUGUCCAUAUGUGGAUGUGAACUGGCAAGAUAACGAAGGGAAUACGGCUCUCAUGACUGCUGCACAAGCAGGCCACAGUAUGAUUACCAACUACCUGCUGAACUAUUUUCCCGGGCUUGACACUGACUGCAGAAACUGCCAUGGCUUCACUGCGAUGAUGAAAGCAGCCAUUCAGGGUCGAGCUGAAUGCGUACGGUCUCUCAUGAUGACAGGAGGAGACAUUGAAGCAAGGGACUUUGGCCGUAAGUUGACUCCACGUGAAUGGGCCCUGUUUACGGGCCGCUACGAGACCGCCAACCUGAUGGCCCGACUGAUGGAACAGCCAUGUGCUGGACAGUUCUGUGACUCUUACCACAUGGAGUGGCCUAUGCUAAGCAAACUGGUGGCUCAUUCAAAGGAGCCCAAGUCCUGCUGGAGAAAGUUCUCCGAGUGCAUCUGUAACUUGUUUACCAUCAGCAUGAAGACCAACCCUUUGGAUGAAGGCGUCAUGGACUACAUGGUGCGCAUGACCACAGCUCUUGCCAGCCCGUUCAUAGCCACCGCCUGCCACACCGUGUGUCCGGGCAGCCCUCCGUGUGUAGGAAAACGUCGCCCUGCUGUCCAGGACAUCCUCCGUAGACAGCGUCUGGCUGAGCUGAAGAACCUUGGGCCCGAGCGCCUCAACAACUACAAGCGGCUCUUCCAGAACUCCAGGGUGCUGCUGGUGCCGAAGAAGCAGGAGCGGCGUGCCAGUCUGCAGCCGCAGUUACUGCACAGCGUUGCAAUGGCCUCCACCAUGGCCCUGAGGAGAAGCAGCCUACUGCCGCUUCACAUGAUGCGCAGGAGCAGCGUCCGUCCUGGGAUGGUGGUUCCUAAAGUCAUGCUGUGCAAAGCACCUCCUCCCACAUACAUCCCGGAGCGACCGCCACGCAGGACUUCAAAAGACUCACCACACAUACAGAUACCUAAAUGGAAGUACAAAGUUCUAAAGGAGGAGAAGAAGAAAGCUGAACGCAUGGAAAGGUUGAGACUGCCUACUGGGAGGAAAAAGUGAUGUGGCUUUUGAUGCCUUAGUGUUUUUAAGGAAGUUUUCCACUGUGAAGGCUUGUGGUCAGUGUGAGGGUCGGGAAUACUCAUCGUACACUACUCUUAUAGACUGCUAUGGAGUGUAGCUCCUCACUUUUAUAAUAUUUGCUCUUACUGAUAUAGAAUUUGUAAGUUGUAAUGGUUCUAAUUUAUAGAAACAACUAACAUAUUUAAUGCGUAGUUUUUUUGGUUCAUUAUCUCGAGCCAAGUCAUACUUGAAAGUUUAUGCAAACUAAAUUCUAUUUUUCAUAUUGCUCUCAAAGACUCAAAGAACUUUUAACAGGGAGUGUUAUAUAAAAAAGCUGCUAAAACAUCAAACAUAACAAUGAAGGACUUUCAUAACAAUGAAAUACUAUAUUUGGCCUGGACAUGUUGUCUUCUCUUACCUUACCUUAUCUCUUUGAAGGUUAUUAAUCCAGUA